CCUGGGCUGCGGGGUGUGUGUCAUGUGGUAAUCAUCACACUGUUCCCGGGCUCAGACCCCCUCCCCGGCCGGCACUCCAGUCUCUUCCAUUGGAGGCUGCUCAGAGCACGGCCCCUUCCUGCCUCCCAUGAUUACCAUCACAUGAGGGGACAAUCCCUGCUCAGCCUCCCAGCCCGCAGCACUCACAUCCCGGGGGAAGAUGUCAGGCGGCCCGGCCAGGUCCCCCUCCCUGCAGCAGAGCCAGAGGCAGAGGAAGGACGAGUCAUUCCUAGGCAAGCUCGGGGGGACCCUGGUCAGGAAGAAGAAAGCCCGAGAAGUGACUGAUCUCCAGGAAGAGGGCAAAAAUGCCAUCAACUCCCCCAUGUCUCCGACGCCCAUUGACAUCCACCCGGAAGACACCUUGCUCGAGGAGAACGAGGAACGUACUAUGAUAGACCCCAAUUCCAAAGAAGACCCCAAAUUUAAAGAACUUGUAAAGGUCCUUAUAGAUUGGAUUAAUGAGGUUCUGGUGGAGGAGCGGAUCAUCGUGAAGAAUCUGGAGGAAGAUUUUUAUGACGGGCAAGUUCUGCAGAAGCUUCUAGAAAAACUGGCGAACCGCAAGCUGAACGUGGCCGAGGUGACGCAGUCUGAGAUCGGACAGAAACAAAAGCUGCAGACCAUCUUGGAUGAUAUACAAGAAUUCCUGAGACCGCAUGGAUGGGCCAUACGGUGGAACAUUGACUCAAUCCAUGGGAAGAACCUGGUCGCCAUCUUGCACCUGCUAGUAGCGUUAGCCAUGCAUUUCCGGGCACCUAUCCGACUUCCCGAGCAUGUCUGCGUGCAGGUGGUGGUUGUAAAGAAGCGAGAGGGUCUCCUGCAGACGGCUCAUGUGACGGAGGAACUGACCACUACAACAGAAAUGAUGAUGGGGAAAUUUGAGCGCGAUGCGUUUGACACCCUGUUUGACCACGCCCCGGAUAAACUGAGUGUUGUUAAGAAGUCACUGAUUACAUUUGUGAAUAAACAUCUCAAUAAGCUGAACCUGGAGGUAACGGAGCUGGAUACUCAGUUUGCAGAUGGGGUUUACCUCGUCCUUCUAAUGGGACUUCUCGAGAACUAUUUCAUCCCUCUGUAUAACUUCUACUUGACCCCAGAAAGCUUUGAUCAAAGGGUGCACAAUAUCUCCUUUGCCUUUGAGCUCAUGCAGGAUGGCGGACUCAAGAAACCGAAAGCCAGGCCUGAAGAUAUUGUUAAUCUGGAUUUGAAGUCCACACUGAGAGUGCUGUACAACCUGUUUACAAAGUACAAGAACAUGGAAUGAGGCGGCCGCCACUUUCUAUCUGUCCUUGGUGCCUUAUCCCGUGUAUGUAAUAAAUCUGUUACAGGUCUCCGACCUCUGAAACUGAGAGCUUGCUACGGCUUUUCCUGACUUGCGGAAAAAUCUGAAAACUUUUUGGGUAACUUUUUAAAUAAUAAACUAUAAACCUUAAUCUGGCAGGGCAUACUGGGACUUGUAGUUUCAUAGUGAAUCAGAGCUACGGGUCACCUCGUAUAUUGGAGGAUGGUUUGGCAAAUUCCGAAGCUCCAGCCGUUGGUUGAUUACACCCAUAACACUGUAGGCAACAGCUGGAGAAGUCCUCACCCCUGUGUUAGGUCUGGUUGGAUGUCCUACGCAAGUAAAUACAGAUUUUCCAAUUUCCAUUCGUUUGAACUUGAUGUGGUUCACAGAUAGGACUUGACUAGUCACUAAUGAGUUUUUAAAGACUUUCAAAUGAAAUGCACCCUCAUUGACACUGAAUGGGUUAAUAAUGCAUUUAGGAACCUGUAAAAAAAUAAAUUUUUAUGAAUCGGUGACAUCCUUAUGACACGUAUUCUCAUAUCCAGAAGACGUUUCUCUCCUGUGGCCUUAUUGAGAGAUCAGCGGAGUGUAUUUACUAAGUUUCAGGUUGUAAAAGCCGGCUCUUCCAAUCGUAUUUAUGCCCAAAAUUUAAAAGGACAAUGAUUUUACUAGCUAAACAUGACUAGCAUAAUUGCCCUUUUAAAUUUUGAUCUGGAGCGCCGGCAUUUAGAACCUGACUCUUAGUAAAUACACCCCCAGGAGUUAUUGACGUGACUGAGUUACCUUGUUUGUUAAAUCGGUGUACCCAUGAAAUAAACACAUUAGAUAUAAACUUUCCAAUCAUCCCAUUUUACAGGUGUCUAUUUACCCAUGUACUAUUUUCUUUAGGGCUAAGAGCUAAACUUUAGCAGACUACAAGGUGCUAUAAAGUCCCGGAGGGUAUUACAUUUAUUGAUCCUAGUCAGUGACUUGGGAUGUGGGAUGAUUUUCACCAAAAUAUGGUAGCCUGCGCCCAAUAAUAAAGCCAGACAAAAAUGUAUUACUGUUUUCAGGGUUUUGUUCCACUUUAAAUGGACACUAACGGCAUGUAAAUAAAUUCAUGACGUAAUCUUCAGCAUCAAAGAUUUAUUGAACUCCAACUUAGCGGCUCCUCCAGUAACUAAGGGGCUGAACUCGCACUGGACUGUAUACCUCUUGGAGACAUAUUGUCACUACUAGGCAGCUGUAUCCAAAUUUAACAGACUGACGCGUUUCACAACACUCCAAACUCUGCUGAAAACCAAGUCCCCUUCAGCGAUGGCACGGUAUUACCGUGGUAAAUGUGCUACGUUAUCACCGGAUUUCACGUUACAGAUCCGUGUUACCAUUGUAAUCCAAUGCCAUUGUUACAGAAGGAAAUCUGUACUUGGAGAAUGUAGUUCAAAUACUUAAAUAUUUAUAAAUAAUUAUUAUGAAAACUUGAAUUUCUAUUUGCUCUAUCGCGUUAUAUAUAUAUAUAUAUAUAUGUGUGUGUGAAUUGUCUUGUUUUUUCCUCCCUCUGGUAAAACGGAAACUGUAAAUUGUGAACUGGACGGCUUUAGCCAGAUUAUACCAAAAAAAUGAGGUGACUGUAUUACAAAUGUAAUGUAUUACUAAUGGACACGUUCCUGGUGAAAACAGAUGCCAGGGUGACUAAAUACUUCUGUAUUGUUUGUGGAUUAACCUUUCACCUGCUAUUAAUAAUACUGUUCUUACCUUUUGUAUUAAACGUUCUUGUAUUUAUUUCUCAUAAAUUCACUGGAAUUUUACUGAUAAAUUCAUUAAAAUGUGACGUUCAAGGUUA